AUGUCUCUGCGACCAGGUUCUCGGACGGAGGUCCGAAAGAAAUCCUACAAAACCGGCGUCGAUGCCGAUGAAGCUCGCCGGCGGAGAGAGGACAAUCUCGUGGAGAUCAGGAAGAACAAGCGCGAGGACAAUCUCCUCAAAAAGCGCAGGGAAGGUAUUCUUCUUCAGUCCCAGCAGCUCUCAGAUGCUGCGCAGGCCGCCACCGCCGUUGAGAAGAGGGGAAGCAUUAGGGCUUUGAUCUUGCCGUAG